AUGCAUGUGGUGGUUGUCUGCCACAGCAUCAUGCUCCUCCCUGUGCAUUCCAUUCUAAAGCUCAAGUGGGCAUUGGAUCUCACCCAUUGUAGCUUGCUGCAUUCAUUGACUUGUCAGGAGCUUGGAGAGCAUUUGUUCAAUUCUCCUGUGCUGGAGCAGAAUGGUUGCAAUGCUGCAAUGGCAGAAAACCUCCUCAAGCUUGUGCAGCACUACUUUGAUUUAACGAUGAGCAUGCGUCACAAGGAUAACUUUGCUGAUGCGGUCUUUGUUGCGGCAGCAACGAAAUGGGUGCGGAAUGGUCAGGAUAUCACUGAAAUGGAUGUAUUGGUAGGGAAGAGAGAGAGAGGUACUCUCUGUGUGGUGUUUACAUGUGUAUGCAUGCAGGGGAACCGGGGAGGGAUCAAGGAUUGGAUUCUUGAUUCUGGCUCAACAAACCGGACAUCGUCGCGGCUUUGCAUGCGCAUGGAAGCAGCAAGUGUGCAUCCUUGUGCAAAGCAGAAGAAAGCCUUUUUAAUUUGGAGUCCACUUCUGCUCUUGCCAGGUGUCAUGCAAAGCUCAGUGGACAAGCAGGCAAGCCUUGAGGCAACGCUGGAGGAGCAAAAUAGAGAGAUCCAGAGGCUCUGCAAGAGGCUGGGUUUGAACAGCAGUGGGAGCCGUGCUAGUGUUGAAGGUUUGAGCAAGAAGCACGCAGAAAUCUCGGCAGCGUGUGCUUCUCCUGUGGUGGAAAUGGAAGUGACAGGCGAGGUUCAAAGUAUACAACACUGCAACAUGUUUAGUGUCAAUGCGGCAAUUUCGAAGGAGACAAUUGAUCCUCUGAUUGCUGAACAAGAACAAAAGAACACGAUCAUCUGCGCACGCAAUGCACAGAUUGCCAGUCUCAAAGUCAAGCACAAGGACACAACAAAAGCCGAGAGGCACAGAGAUCAUCAUGACCAUAGCAUCCAAGUGAAGGACGAAGACGACAAGAAGGAUGAGCUUAUGGAGGAAAAUGAGAUGGUACCCAACACAGAGGAGUCUGAGUCCUAUAUGCGUGAGGACCAGGGGCCUCUGACGGACGCGAGGGCGCGCGUUCAUGCCGUUCAACACCCAGCGGACGGUCCAUGGGCCGAGAUGCUGACAGGACGGAGGGGCGCUGUCAAGUACGUCGGCACGACUCACGCUCAUGACGAGGUCAGCUCGCCAAUUGCUCGCGACGCAGAAGAUGCCAAGCUCACCGGCACUGUGCGGCGCGCAAGAUGGGUGCCUGGCAAGUGGCGCGUAUGUGCGCUUGUGGACAGACACCCCCACUCGACCACGUUGGGAUGGCGAAGAUUGAGUCAAGAGCAAGACGCGGAGCGCGUGCUCAUUGCGCUCGGAGGACCGUGGUUGGCCAAUACGGCAACGGGAGGGCUACACCUCCGCUACAGCCCCAACAAGCAGUAUCGCCGAGCCGUGCAACGACUACUUUGCAUCGUCCCUUCAGGCCGUCCAGAAGCAGCGUCGCGCGACCCCAACGUCGAGGAGUUGGUGCGCAAGCAUCAUGCUAUGGUGGUUGAGCACGAGACCAUGCAAAUGGCUCCUGCCGCGCUAGAGCGCAGCAUCGACAUGGCAUCCUGCGCCUCUUGCCCCCGUCCAGAUCGUCUGUCGAUGAUCAUCUACAAGGAUAAUACCGUCGAGGAUCUUGCCAAUGAGGCAGACGACUUUGGGCUCUUUGGUUGGGGAUGCGGACAAGGCCCAGAGCGCAUUCAGCAUAAUUUGGCCAUGGUCGACUUUCACCAGGAGGCCUGGCCCUAUGACGGUGUCACAAGAGCGAGUAAUCCCCCAGCAUAUGCUUCGAGAUUUGCUAUCGACUUUUGGCCUCAUGGCAGGCGUCACACGAAAGUGCUUCUGCACUUGAUCGCGGCUCUCCGGAUGAUCAUCGCAACCGGAGCUUGCAUCAUUUGCCUCUCGUCCUCAGAGGUCACCUUCUUUCUGCUGCGACGUGUCAAGGACACUCUCAAGCAUCUCAAAGGGGUUCUUGGGCCACAAGGGCUGGCAGAUGUACUGCUUGGAAGAAUGUCUCUGCAAGCCUUUGCAGAAGCAGUAUUUGAACCCAGCAAGUACGGCUACAAGCUGCUCAUGGACCCAAAGCAUGCAGGCUUCAGCAUCACGGAAGAAGCAGGCCGUGUCAUCAAGUACUGGCAUCUGCUUUGCAAGCACUAUAGCAGACUGUGCUACAUCGAGACCGCCAUCUUUUGUCUAGCUGAGCAUCACGGCGGGCCAGCAAUGCGGUUGAUGGAGCAGAUCAACAAGGACCUUGACCUCUACAAGAUGCUCAUCAAGACAAAGCAAGCCAUCCAUGCACUGGUGAAGGUCAAGCCGCUUUACUACGUGUCCACGACCCAGCCCUCUUUGGCCUUGCUGUUGUCUCCGCAGGGCAACGACCAUCUGACGACUCAAGCUUGGCCUCUGCUUUGCAAGCACUAUAGCAGACUGUGCUACAUCGAGACAGCCAUCUUUUGUCUAGCUGAGCAUCACGGUGGGCCAGCAAUGCGGUUGAUGGAGCAGAUCAACAAGAACCCUAACCUCUGCAAGAUGCUCAUCGAGACAAAGCAAGCCAUCCAUGCACUGGUGAAGGUCAAGCCGCUUUACUACGUGUCCACGACCCAGCCCUCUUCGGCUUUGCCAUUAACUCUGCAAGGCAACGACCAUCUGACGACUCAAGCUUUGCAGGUCAACAGAUCUCCGCUGGCGCACAUUAAGUCUCCAACGGCUGAAACUCGGCAAGGCAGCAGCAAGCGUGCGCUUCCCACGAAGGCCGGUCUGCAAGGCAACAGCAAGCGUCCGCUUCCCGCAAACGACAAUGCUCCGUCAAGCAAGCGUCGGUCAGCGGAUGACGAAUCUAUCUUGUGUGCAUACAAAUCUCAUCUGUGGAUAGCCGGUGAAUGGAUGGAGCAUGUUCCCUUGGGAGAGAAAGCAGGCUCAAGGACUGCCAACAAUGGGACACUGCGGUCGUCCAGCGCCCUCCCCAAUACUACUCGCGCAUCGAGGGCGGCCAGCAAGGAGAACAAGUACACAUCGAGCUCAGGAACCAUUGCGAGGGCAGCCACAACAAAGCAGACUUGCGCAUCAAGCUCAAGGAUUGCAAACAAUCCUGCUUGUCCACUCAAUUGGCCACUUGCACAUGGCCAGCAAAGCCUGUUCCUUGGUGCACCUGGGAGCAUGGAGAGGGCACAGCAAUUUGAUAAUGACCUCUUCAUGCCUUAUCCCAGAGGCAAGACCAUGGAAGAAGGUUGCCAAUGGUUCUUGGAGCAGGUUGAGGGCCACCAAAUUGGGCCUUCCAUAGGUGGUGCCAAUUCUUCUGACCUCAGCUUCCAAGCCAGAGAGGGCUUUGAUCAGAGAGCCUACAGGCUUGCCAAAGCUGCUGCAGCUGCAGGAGGGGAAGCCAUGGUCAGGAAGGCUCCAUGGGAGGAUACUUCUGCCUCCAUGAAUGGGCACAAGCCUGCUUCCCAAAAGACCACCUCUUGGUCCUUGGACAUUGAGCAUAGAGAUCUAGUCAGGGAGCUAGACAAGCUGCACACAGCUGGUUUGCUCAGCAAUGGACUGCCCACUGCAGCCCUUCGCCAGCUGGCAGCUCAGCACAAAGUACAAAUACCGAAAGUCUUCAAACGCGUUGGUUGCUGCAGCCAGCAGCGAGCGCAUCUGCCUGGGAGCGGAGGAAACGACCCGAGGACGCUGACUUGGGGUGGAGCACCUGGUCCGCUGAGCGCCGAGCUUGUCCGCCUUGACGUGUAUCCCUUGUCACUUGGUCGCACUCAGAAAAGUCGGAGAUUUUUCCCUGCCAACAUCCAGCGUUGUGGGGGUUAUCAAAAUCACAGACUCAUCGCCAUUCAGGAGAAAAGGCUCAAAUGGCGCGAUCAUACCCGAACAACAGGCUCGUCUUCCUUCGAAUCUUCCGAGUCCUUGUCGACUUUGUUGCUCAGCUGCUCCCUGAGCAUCCUUGCGGUCAUGCAUCUCCAUGCACAGUCGAGGUUCUACCUGCUUGAUGGGAUUUGGGAGGUAGAGCAGUUGGACUCGGCACGUGAAUGCAAAGAUCUUCUCUAUGUCCCUGCUGUGUUCAGACUUGUUGAGAAGCUCUUAAACAAAGUCUCCAAGACCUUAAUGACACAGGCCUGUCAGCCAACAGAGCUGCGUCUUCGUCUUCAGCUGGAAAAGAGGCUUCUUCUCUUCUCCCUAGCUCCAGAAUCAAAAGUUUUUCGGCCCAAAUUCUUACUCUUUGGCAAAUUGUUUGACCCGCAGCCACGAUGCUGUCUAACAGAAACGCCUGCACCUCCAAUUCAGCCCCUUGAUGCCAUUCUGCAAGGCAGUAGAAACCCUCUUGAUUGCUGCAGCACACGGUCCAAGUCCAUGAUCAUCAUGAAGGACAUUACCGUGGAGGACUUGCGGAACAACGCAGACAACUACGGCCUGCACAGUAGUGAAAACCGAUUUGGCAUAUAG